AUGCCUCCUAGGAAGCUGAAAGGAGCUGCUAAGGCUUCGUAUAAGCGCAGGGCAUCGACUCGUACCCCCAAACUGCCCUCCCGACCCCUCGAAGAUGCAGACUCACCACCACCUACAAAUACAGUCCGGAGGGAAAAACGGCCUAAGACAGUCAAGGAACUCGAAGACGAAGACGCACCGGUUGAUACUAUCAGCAGAUUCGACGACUUCCAGGUCUUCGUUCUCGUCACUAGGCAAAAGAACCACAGGUAUCCUCAAGCACCCUGGACGGUCAAUCCAGUCAAGUCUUGGGCCGACCAAGAGCAGCUUUUGAUCGAUGUCGCCCUCGAGGAGCUCCGUCAUGAUCAUAUGGUCGUCGAAGGCGUCAACAAAUACUCCCUGAAGCCCAAUAUCAGCUGGAAAGUCUGCCGUGGAAGGAGCCGGGAUGCAGCAUGGUGUAGACUACGAACGGAGGACGACUGGGAAGGCUUCAUUGAUGCCGUCCACACUGAGCGCAACACACCCAAGGUCGAAUGGCCAGCUUUUAUCCUAAUCGAAACACACUACGACCCUACAAGGGCUGCUUCUAAAUUCGAGUUCGACCAGCAAACCCCGUUGCACCCCUCUCAGACUCAGUCCAGGGCCCGAAAGCCUCUCAUCCCUCGACCUAGGCACAGUGCUACCAACACUGCUCUCCAGGGCAUUUCGAAUGAACUUGCGAAUGAUCCUCAACACUACAAAAGGAUCCUUGCUGUUCAGACCCUACAGGCUAAGCACAAAUGCGCCAAGCACCACCAGCAGUACUGCUAUGUUCAUCCUUUUUCUCACCAACAUCGAUACAUUACCAAUGAUCUCCUCAAUCUAUGGUCUAAGUACUUGGUCGCGAAAGAACAUGGGGUUACCGUUGAGGAACCACCCAUCCAUGAUCCCCUUUUCGCUGGGUUGCUCAUACCAUUCAAGGAGACAGAUCAAUCGGAAACACCUGAAAGCAGGCACUCUUCGUUCGGUAUGCCUCAACUACUUACACCAGUGACUGCGCCUCGAUUCGAUCUACUGCUGCUACCUCCCUCGAGUCAGCCUACUCCGACCCCAACCCCAACAACCACGACCAUUGACCCGCAAAUACUCAGGGGUUCGAGCCCUCUUCAAGGGCCGGCUGCUGAUGAUUUGGACGGGUUUCUAGCCUAUGUCAAGACCAAAGUUCCGGAAUACAUCGACUUUGAUUGCCAGACGGUUCGAGAUGCAAUUAUCGACAAUGGAGUAGUGCUAGACGAUCUCAAGAACAUCGAUCCGAAUGGCCUACCGCCUGUGAAGCAUGGAUGGGUGAGGAUUAUGCGCAAAUGGUGGCCGGUUUGGAAAGGUAUCCAGCGGGAGCAGCAAUCGAAGCCUAGGGGUCCCCUAGGCCUCAAGGAGACACCCUUCGAGGUUUACGAAAGCCAGGAGUUUGACGAAAGCUUUGAUUUAUAG